CCUUCCAAUACACACAUCUAAACACAAACCAUGGCUCAAGAAGCAUCUCUCUCCGCCGAGACCGACAGCCUAAGCCACAUCUUCAGCCUCAUAGAAGCAUUCCGAGCAUUCGAUGCCGACAACGAUGGUUUGAUCUCAGCAGCGGAGGUCGGGGGGAUCAUGGGCUCGCUAGGGUACAACCUGAGCGAGCAGGACGUGAACGUGAUGAUGGAGGAGGGCGACGUCGACCGAGAUGGGCUGCUGAGCAUGGGGGAGUUCUUGGAGAUGAGUGCAAGGAGUGUGGAAGUUGGGGAGGUGGGGAGGUAUUUGAAGGUUGCCUUUGAGGCUCUAAACGCCGAUGGGGAUGAUCUUGUGAGUGGAGAAGAGCUUUAUGAAGUGUUUGUGAAUUUGGGAUUGGAUGUUUCAUUGGAGGAUUGCAUGGCUAUUGUGGCUUCUAUGGAUGGUGAUGGAGAUGGAGCUGUUUUUCUUGAGGAUUUGAAACUUAUUGUUAAUUCUCUUGAUUGAUUUACUCUUAUCUAUUGCUUUUAUGUCUAAAUUUCAAAUUUUAGUUUAAGUUUUUAUGUAAUUCCUAUCCCGUUUUCUUUCGUAUCAAUAAAUUUCUGUCGAUAUAAA